UUCAAUUCAAUUCGGUCAGAACAUGCAGUUUAUUUUAUUUUGUUUGCUAUUCGCGCUUUUUUUGGCUGCGCAGGCGCAGAAGACCGCAUUGGAAUUAAUGGAUGUCUGCAACAAGGAGAGUGGCGUCACUGCAGUGGAGUUAAAGCAAUACUUUGACAGUCAAAUGGAUCCUGCUAAGGCCACCAAUGCCAUUAAGUGUCACAUGAAGUGUGUUAGCGAAAAUUUGGGUUUCUAUAAGAAUAAUAUGCUUGACGAAUCGUUGACGGCUAAACACUUGAAGGAAAAUAAUCUGGACCAGAAUGCCAGUAUGGAAGCUAUAAAACAGAGCAUACAGAAAUGCAAUCAAAUGAAAGGUGUCAAUCCUUGCGAUACAGCCUACCAGAUUAUGACAUGUUUUAAGUCACAGCCAAUUUUUACCUGAGAGCUGUAAGAGAGUUGUCAAAUUUUAUUGAAAUAAAUGAAUAAACUCAG